GAAAAAAGAUCGAGUCGCGGCGAGGGGAGGUAAGAAGAAGCGGUAGAGGAAUUAUCAUCGGCGAGUUAUUAUUACGGCCCCGAAGAAGAAGUUCGGUUUGUGUCAGUCAUAUUUCUGUAUUUUUGAUAAAAGAAGCUAGAAGCAAGAAGCCAGCCGAGCGCAAGCGCGUAGCUCGCGGCCCGUCUCUCUGCGCCGCCGUCUUUUAUAAUACAGAAGACCAUACGGAUUCGAUAACGAACGACGAGGAAGACGAACUUUUCCUCGCGCGACGAGAGAGACUCUCGCCCGUGUGUGCGGCGCGACGUCGACGAAGAAGAAGACUGUUUUCUGCUCGCGCGUGAAUGUGCGAUCAUCCCGUGGGCGCUCGCUGGUGACGCGCGCGCGUGUGCGACACGACGAAAAUACUAUACCGAUCAUCGUCGAUUUUCUUCUGCUGCUGUUCCUGCUGUGUGGUCCAAGUGCUGUGUGACAUUGACAAUAACAACAACGACCGGAAGCCGCCAAGAUGCCGAGCUUCAUCGACACCUUCGCGAUCGUGAAGAGCCACGUCAAGCUCAGGAUCGAUCCCAAUUCGCCGGCCGUCGAUAAUCUGAUAUUCAAGCUCCACUACAGGGCGACCUUUUUGAUCCUCGUUUUGGCCACUGUCCUCGUUUCGUCGCGCCAGUACAUCGGCGAGCACAUAAGAUGUAUAGCGGACAAGGGCGUCGCCGAGUCGGUCAUCAACACCUUCUGCUUCUUCACGUCGACCUACACGAUCCCGCGACUGAUGAACUCGAGCCACAUCGACAGCGACCUCAUACCGCACAUCGGCGUCGGCACUGCGGCCAACGGCGAGGAGAUCACCCAUCACGCCUACUACCAGUGGGUGCCCUUCGUCCUCGGCAUCCAGGCCAUCUUCUUCUAUCUGCCCCAUCUCUUCUGGCGCACCAUCGAGGGUGGCAAGCUGCGUCUCCUCGUCACCGGCCUGCAGACGGCCUCGCUGGCCCUGCGCGAACAGGCCCUCACCACCGAGUCCAUGACCAUCAUGUCGCGGCAGGAUCGCUCCAAGCGCAUCCAGGAGAUCAGGCAGAGCUUUCUCAGUAGGCUACACAUGAAUCGCUCCUGGGCCCUCUACCUGAGCAUGUGCGAGGUCCUGAAUCUGCUGAAUCUCUGGCUGCAGAUGCACCUGACCAACAAGUUUCUCGGCGAGCAGUUCUACAGUCUGGGCUUCGAUCUGGCCGAGACCGGCAUCAACAUGAAGGGCGACGCUCUGGAUCGCGUCUUUCCCAAGGUGACCAAGUGCACCUUCCACAAGUUCGGUGCCUCCGGCACGGUGCAGAAGCACGACGCCAUGUGCGUGAUGGCCCUGAACAUCAUCAACGAGAAGAUCUACAUCUUCCUCUGGUACUGGUUCAACUUCCUGGCGGUGCUCACGGUUCUCGGCCUCGUCUAUCGGCUGUUCACCUUCUUGCUGCACGGCAGGAGCAAGGCCUUCAACAAGUGGGUCUUCAGGCUCGCCUGUCCAGGCAGCUCGGACGCCUCGGCCAUCCUCGAGGUGACCCAGAACACCAACUUCGGCGACUGGCUGUUCCUCUACUACAUCGCCAAGAACGUCGAGAACAUCGUCUUCAAGGAGAUCAUCGAGGGCCUCUCCGACGACAUGAUGGAGCGCAACAAGAGGCUGUACGCCCAGCUGCCCCAGGAGAUCGACGACGACUACGAGAAAUCGCCAAAGACCCCUCCACUCAUCGGCUUCAUCUCGGAGAAGCCACUCAAGAGAGAGGAUGCUUUGGACACCCUCCACGUGGCUUAAAUCGCACCACUGGAUGCUACUAAUGAUCCUGUCAACUAAAUAAAUACAUCACACGCAGCGAAAAAAAUCGUAAUAUUUUCCUUCCCGUAAGGUAAACGGAUUGGUUUUAUUUUCCGAGAGGGUAAAAAUUACAAUUUUUUUCACUCCGUGUAUGGAUCAAUGUAUGUAUGUGUGCCUAUGUGAAUUUAUACUUUACUUCCACACACGCACACACACAUCGAAUAAGAGGAGAUGUAGUACGUGUUUAAUGAUGUUCUGCAUUUAUAACGAUGGCUAUAUACGCAAGUGGUGGACUGUUGCUGCGGUCAGGACGUCGCCGCCGCACCUGCUGUAUACUACCGAUGCCUACUGCCACGCAAUUGUCCCAAUGACCUAUAGAAGCGAUGUCACUGCUCCGCCAAUGGACCUUAUUACACAUUGUUGCCGAAUUGUUACUGUUAUUUCGUUAGUUUUAUAUACUUAAACUAUACUCAGUGUACCUGUGCGCGAUCGUGCAUGGGUGCAGUGUACUCCGAAUAUAAAAUUUCGGAACUACAUUGUAAUAUGUACGCGUGUGAAUGAGCUGCACACAGCCAGAGUCUUGAAUUCUCUCUUAAUUCAAUCGCGCCCCUCUCUCUCUCUCUCUCUCUCUCUCUCUCACUUUUAUAAAUCUUGACGCACGAUAAACUUUGCAUGUCGUUGCGCUGCCGUUGUUGUAACUAUUGAAACGCGCGGAGGAAUUUGCAGUUGCCGGCGCGCGAGCAUUAGAAUUUUUCCCGCCGAGAAAACAGGUCGGUCGUUCGCGAUUGCGCAACAAUCGAAACUCACUACUGCAAACUUGUAUGUGUAGGUAUACAGAAGUUAUGCCGCUGCUUUUUUUUCUUCUUCGAGCGCUUUUCACCUGCCGGCUCUGCGCGAGCAUUUAACCAUAUAUUAUUGUGUCUCGCGCGCGCACUAUUAGUUUUUCGAUUUUAUAUGUUGCCAAGCGCGCUCGUUUUCUCUUUGCGCAAAAGGCAACGUUUUAUUGAAUUUACGCGUACGUAGCUCGACUCACUCGCUGUGCAGCAUGCAAGUACCAAAUAGCCAUUUAUUUUAUACACGCGUGACUCUCGAUGUGUGUAUUGUGUGUGUGUGUGUGUGUGUGUGUGUG